CUUUCUUUAUCCUUCUGUCGCCGUCUGCGUUCUUUCUCGGAAUUACAGAGUGUCUCGCACUGCAAUCCGCCAGUUCUGCAGAUAUGCAGAGCCAAGUGGUUUGUAGUGGGUGUAGAACCUUCCUUCUUUACCCGAGCGGAGCUACAAAUGUUUGCUGUGCAAUUUGCAACACGGUCAAUAUUGUGCCACCACCUGGGGUGGAGAUGGCUCAAUUGGUAUGUGGAGGUUGCCGCACCUUGCUUAUGCAUGCUCGUGGAGCAACCAGUGUCAGGUGUUCCUGCUGUCACACUGUAAAUCUUGUGCCAGCUGUCUCGCCUCCUAGUAAUGUUGCUCAUGUCAACUGUGGAAAUUGCCAUACAAUGCUGAUGUAUGCUGCUGGAGCACCAUCAGUAAAAUGUGCUAUUUGUCACUUCAUCACAGCUGUUAACAUGGGCGACACGAGUGUUCCCGUUCCUGUAAAUAUACCUGCAGGGAAUUCCAAUUCUGCACCAACACACUCUACCUCUACAGUAACAACAGCCGGUUCUCAUAAUCAAACGGUAGUGGUGCAGAACCCCAUGACCCUCGAUGAAAGUGGCAACUUGGUGACCAAUGUCGUCGUUGGCGUCACAACAUAAGGUGCAUCGGAAGCGACGUUGGCUUAAAUAAACAAGCAUAUAGAGUGACCCUGUGUAUAUCGUGGCUAUGACUAAUAUGGAGGGUAACAUUUGUUGUGAAGUACCAGAUGAAAACUGGACAAUUUUUCUGCUUUCAUGAUACUUGGAAUUAGUUAAUAAUGAAUUGAUACACUCCCAAUGAUCAACAAAUGGUUUAGGGGUAAGUGGUAACCCCAUCGACGUGAUACAAAUAAUAUUUUCUAGA